AUGUCUGCAACUGAUGAAGUGACUGAAUUCGAGCUAAAGCCAAACGAGCUUCGAGAAAAAGAAACGCCGACAACGAAUACGCAGGAGACGAACAAUGACACUGAUGUCUUCCCCGAAGGUGGGCGAGAAGCUUGGCUUGUAGUCGUGGGUGCAUGGUGUGCGCUGUUCUGUACCUUUGGCCUUGUGAGCUGUGGUGGAACAUUUGUCGAGUACUAUAAGAAUGGGCCUCUGGCAUCGUACAGCACUGGAACUAUCAGUUGGAUCACCAGCUCGCAGGUGUUUAUUCAGGUCGGUAGCAUGGCUGUGUGGGGCCGCUUGUACGACUCGUACGCUCCGCGUUGGAUGCUCCUCCUGAGCACUCCUGUGUACUGCUUCGGUCUCAUGAUGACCUCGCUAUCGACCGAGUACUACCAGAUCCUCCUCUCGCAGUCGGUUCUCAGCUCACUCGGGUCGGGUGCCCUCUUUAACGCCGGAAUGACAUCCACGACGUCGUGGUUCCUCCGUAGACGCGGCACUGUGUUCGGCAUCGUCAACUCGGGCUCGUCACUCGGCGGCGUUGUCCUCCCCAUCAUGAUUACACACCUAUUUCGCUCCAUUGGAUUCGCCUGGACCCUUCGUGUUCUCGGCUUCUUCUUCCUGGCCCUGGGCACCAUUACCUGUGUCACCGUCAAGACACGGCUGACGCCCACGCCGCGUCCCAUCUCUCUUUCUGAUUAUGUCCGGCCGUUUCAAGAACGAACUGCUGUAUUGACCAUGCUCGGUGGAUUUUUAUACUUUUGGGGCAUGUUUUUGCCUCUAAAUUACAUCAUCGUCCAGGCACAGGCGAACGGUAUCUCACCAUCCGUCACUCCCUACCUCCUCUCCAUAAUCAAUGGGGUGAGCCUUAUUGGUCGCCUAUUUUGGGGUAUUCUGUGCGACCGGUUCGGGCGCUUCAACUGUAUAGUCAUCAUUAACUGCUUUACGGGUAUCGCAACACUAGCCCUAUGGAUUCCGGGAAGUAAGAACACAGCAGCCAUCAUCAUGUGCGCAGUUGCUUUUGGUUUUGGAUCAGGGGGCUAUGUCACACUGUUUUUGGCCUGCAUGGCACAGAUAUCACUACAGGAGGAGAUAGGCACGCGGAUGGGGUCUCCGCUUGGGGGUGCGUUGAUCUCAGGUCACGGUGACACAACCAACUUUCUUGGCCUACAAGCGUUUUGUGGUGUUGCUAUGAUAGCAUCCGUCGUCGCCCUGGGAUUGGCGCGUUAUACCCAGGCUGGCCUGAAGUUGGUGAAGGUAUAG